AUGGAGUCUCUAGGCGCCGCGGCUGAUGUGCUCAGCAUCGUCUCGCCCACGCUGCGUGGCGUUCAGCACCUGAGAGAUGACAUUGGCAGGAUCCGGGGUGCUCCCGACGCCAUCAGGUCGCUCCAAGACGACCUCACUACCGUGACGCAGGCUCUAGAGUCUUUCCAAGCCUUACCGGACCCCCAGUUACAGUCCUUAGGGAGCCAUGUCGUCAGCCAGUCCAAGUUUACACUGGAGCUCUGCGGCCAGUCGUGCAAGAAGUUCAGGGCAGCACUGGGUCGCUGGACCAGGAACAGCAGCGACGGCGGCCUGUCGUGGAGGGACCAGGCCGUGCUGGGGUUGUUCAAGCAGGGCCAGAUGAAGUCCAUGUCUGAGCAGCUGCACAACUGCAGGAGCAAUCUUAUCACGGUUGUGACCAUUGCGUCUCUCUCGUUGCAGCAAAAGGAUGUCUCGUCGGAGAUUAUAGCAACAGUAUCAGCCAAGGAAAACGAAGUCACAGACGCGAUAGCCCUGCUAGAGAGGCAGAUGACUGAUAUGAACGCCAAGCUGGAACUGUAUGCAGUUCGACGGCGGCAGCACGAGUCGGAGGCCGACCGGACCGAGGCAGUUGAGCAGGCCCUAUUGGAGCAGCGUGCUCUGAACGGAUCUCACGAACUGCUCAGGUAUCUGCUUUCGGGGAUACAGAGUGCAGCUUCUAGUGCGCAGAGCGCUCAAGCAGGAGCCAAGGUCCGGUUCGGAGACCACAACAGGGGCAGCCAGGUUGGUGUCAACCAUGGCGGCCUCAACAACACUUUCCACACCCGGGACUAG